AUGAAAAUGGAGAGAUCUCUCUAUCUAAAUGGUAAACCACUUGUUUAACCUCCAUUAACAAUUGACCAAUAAUUAAAUGAUCGUCUUGCUAGAACUGGAUACAAAAUAGAAGAUAUAAAUAGACUCAAUGAACGUCCAACAUUAUAAAUUGUAGUUAUAUUAAUAAUACUCAAAGAUUGAUAUCGAUGGAUUAACUUCUGGAUACUUAAAUAAUAACUAAAUAUUCUAAAUGCUUAAACAAUAAAUUAUGAGUUGGAAUGAAAAGGUUACUCUUCAUAGAGCAUAAUAAAUUGAAUUAAAAGACCCAUUUGUGUAUGAAAACCUUUUUAGAUAAUUGAAGAACUCAUUACUUGAAGUAGUAAGUACCAGAAAUAAAUAACAGCAAUUAGAGUUUUUAGAGAAAGUUUCAACUUGGUUCUUUCGUUAAUUACCAAAAUCAUAAAAAUAACAAUUAUCUUAGUCUCUUGUAGAAAAGAAAGACAAUGUAACUUAUUAUUCAUAUUCUAAGAUAUUGUCAUAUAAUCCAAAUCCUUAUAAUGAAAGUAUGUAUGCAUCUGGAAUUGAAGAUUACACAUCUAAAUGUAGAUCAAUGCACCCAGAUUUAGAUCCUCCUGAAGACAGAGUUAAAAGUUAUCACAGAAAGAAUCUACUUUCUGAUACAAGUACAAGACCUGGUACAACUCCAGGAAUAAUGGGUUUUUCACAACAUACAAGGCCUUAAACAUCAUAAACUACUUAUAAAAUGGUUGAUUAAGUUGAUAAACUAUCAAGACCAAGAACGAAUUAAUAAUAUUCGGCUAUAAAAUAAUAAUCGUCUUGGAUGUAUGAUACAAAUUGUCCAGUUUUUGAAACUUUUGAAGAGUAAUAAAAAAGUACUAGACGUUAAAUUUAAAGGGAGGAAUCUCCUCUUAAAGCUGAUAAACCUAGUGAUAGAAAUAAAUUAGAUUAAAUAGAAGGCAUUGAAUAAGAGUAAGAUGAAGAUGAAGAAUAAUCUCCUGACAAAAUAGAUGGUUCAUAAAAAAAUAUAUAAUCUCAAAAAGAUAUUUCUCCAAAGAAAAAAAAAAAGAAAAAAGAAAGAAAUGAUAAAUAUAUCAGUAUUGCACCUGAAUUAAAGACUUAUAAAACUGAUAAAGACACUUAAUUAGCAUAUUAAGUUGGUUAAAAUCAAAGACUUGGAGAAUUCUAAGGUACAUUUCAUAAUUAUGAUCCAACUAAUCAUGAAGAUAGAAUGGCUGCAGCUAGACUUAAUUAAUAUUAUUAAGAAUAAAGAAUAAAAGAAAUUAAAGAAUAAAGAGAAGAUAUUGAAAUGGUUUAAAAUAUGAAAGACUGGGCAGCAAACAAAAGUAGAAUAGAUGAAAUAAUCCUAUAAUCUGAAUAUGUAUAAAUAUGUUUAUAAUAUGAAUAGCUAUAAUCUUUUGGAUCUCAGUUCUCGAAUAUUGGUAUCAAAUCAACUGAAAUCUAUGAAUCUAAGAAAAUGGAUCUUGCUGAAGAAAAAGCCUAUGCUAAUUAUUUAAAUAAAACUUCAUAUCCAAAAGGUAGAAUGGUCUAAAGUGCUAUUCCAAUAACUAAAAUAAUUGAAAAUACUGUUAUGCCAACAUAAGUAGAUGAUGAAGCUGAAGACUUUUAAUCUAAAAAUGCUUAUUUAGAAUAUAGAAUUAAUUCAUAAAGACUUUAAUCCUUAAAAAGAGCAAGAGCCAGUUGGUUACCUGGAGGUAUAUAAAAUCAUCCUAGUGUUGAAAAUAUUCAAAAUAAUCGUACUUUAUCUUCUAGUUGUUUUAGAAAUGCUUAACCAACUAAAUAAUUUAGUACUAUUUUUAAAAGUCAUAGUAUUAAAUCUGAUAUAGAUAAAUAAGUAUUUUAUAAUUAUUUAAAUUUAGAUAAGUGAAAUUAAUGGAUUGAAAAAUAGAUUAGCAUCUGAAAAAAGAUUUGUUCCUAUCACUAUACUAUAAAAAUCUCUUGUAAUUCCUUAAGGACAUCUAAAUCCUUAAAAAGUACCACUUCCAAAACCUGGUAUUAUGUUAGCUAAUAUUCCUGAUACAAGUAAAAAAACUAGAGGUAAAAAAAAGAAAUCUAAGAAAUGA